UGUCAAUCGUUCCGCUCUGGUGAGCAACGGAGGUGGCUUCUGAAAAUGGCGAAAAGACGUUCAGAAUCAAAGCACUGUUGAUAUUUUAUUCGCCGUGUAGGCCAGCGUUAGCAGACGAUGAGAUGCAAAUCAGACGUAUAUCAACUUUUAAUGAACAAGAAGAAUGAAACAUAGGUGUGAAGUGAACGUAUAAAUGAGAGGUGGAGUAACAGUACUCACCUUGAACUACAACGAAGUCAAGAGAUUAGUAUGCCUAAAGCUCCUCCUAUACCUAAGCGAACAGAUAGUUUGCCUAGUGGAACACCUCAAUCACCACCAAUACCACCAGCACCCAUAAAGAAAGUUCUCUCAUCUCAUAAAUCACGAGUUUUCUGGGAGGCGUACAAUUCUAAGUCCAGAUUAUCUGGUCAUUCACACGGUCAUUUUCAUAUUCAUAGUCAUUCCCAUAGUCAUAAUCAUAGUCCACGCAAAAUGUCUCAAGAAACUGGUGAACACAUGCCUACCAAUACUAGUAACACUCAUGGCGGCAACCAUGACAUGCCGUCGGCACCUUUUAAUUAUGAAAUGAAAACCCUGUUUCGAGAUAAUUUUAAAACAUUGUAUGAAUUUUACGAAUCUGAAAAACUUUGUGAUGUAGAAAUAAUAGUGAACAAGAGAUCGUUUCGCUGCCAUAAAAUGGUUCUUGCCUGCAGUAGUCUUUAUUUCCGCGCCAUGUUUAUGUCUGAAAUGGCAGAAAGCAAACAAGACAUGAUCACCAUACAUGACAUUGAUGAAAGUGCUAUGGAGAAACUCAUCAAGUUUGCCUACACAUCGAAAAUAGUUCUGACUGUAGAAAAUGUCCAACCUAUUCUUUUUGCGUCAUCCAUUUUACAAAUUGAAACUGUGGCUGGCGCUUGUUGUGAUUUCAUGAAAACGCAUUUGCAUCCGUCAAAUUGUAUUGAUGUGCGAAAUUUUGCGGAACAACACAACCGCGUGGAACUGAUGAGGAUGGCCGAUGAUUACAUUCUGGAUCAUUUCAUGGAGAUUAAAGAAACUGAAGAAUUUAAAUCUAUGAGUUAUAAGCUCAUUCUGCACGCUGUUUCUUCUCAAGAAUUACAUGUUGAUAGUGAAUCACAGGUCUACGAAGCUGUCAUGAAAUGGAUAACACAUAAUCCUAGUGAAAGAGUAAUUCAUCUCACUCCCUUGUUGACUAUGAUCAAAUUUCCUUUGAUAUCCCCAACAUACCUGAUGGAAAAAGUGGAAAGUGAAACAAUAGUUAAAAGUAAUCUAGAAUGCCGAGAUCUUUUAGAUGAAGCCAAAUACUACCAAAUGUCAAUAGCCAACUUGGUUCCUGAUUUCAAAGUUAAUCAAAGAACAAGGCCAAGAAAAAGUUAUGCAGGUGUGUUGUUUUGUGUUGGUGGAAGGGGGUCGUCGGGUGAUCCCUUCAAAAGUAUAGAAUGUUAUGAUCCACGGAAAAACAAAUGGUUCCAGGUUGCUGAAAUGAACACCAGACGGCGCCAUGUAGGCGUAUGCUCAGCAAAUGGAAUAUUGUACGCAGUAGGCGGCCAUGAUGGUACUGAACAUUUAAACAGUGGGGAAGUUUUUGAUCCAAAGACCAAUCAAUGGAAACACAUUGCACCAAUGGGAACACUAAGGCGUGGUAUAGCAUUAGCAAGUUUAGGUGGUCCGAUCUAUGCGGUAGGUGGUUUAGAUGAUUCAACAUGUUUUAAUUCAGUAGAAAGAUAUGAUCCCGCAGCUGACGUAUGGACAUUUGUAGCAUCCAUGAAUACACCUCGUGGCGGAGUUGGGGUAGCAGCACUCAAGGGUCAACUGUAUGCAUUAGGUGGUAAUGAUGGUACCAGUUCAUUAGAUAGAUGUGAACGAUAUGAUCCAUUUGUUAAUAAAUGGACCUCUAUAUCUAAUAUGAAGAAAAGAAGGGCAGGAGCAGGUGUAGCUGUAUUAGAUGGAAGUAUUUAUGUUGUUGGUGGUUUUGAUGACAAUUCACCGCUAGAUUCUAUGGAGAAGUACGAUUUUAAUACAGACACAUGGACGGUACUAGCUAAAAUGAGCACAUGUAGGGGAGGUGUUGGUGUGGGAACAUUAGGAGGCUUUCUGUAUGCUGUUGGUGGCCAUGAUGGCUCAAAUUAUUUAAAUUCUGUGGAAGCAUAUGAUCCUAUUACUAACAGGUGGGAAUAUAUACCAAGUAUUGAUGUAUGUCGUGCUGGGGCAGGUGUUACUACACUCUUUUGUCGUAUAGAGGAUUUAAGGGAACAAGGGAGACUGGGUAAUGGUGGGGCAGCUGGGAGGCUGUGAAAAGUAUUCAACAGUUUCGAGCAGGAGCGGGAGUGGCAUAUUGCGAAUGUUCGGCCAAACAUUUACGUCAUAUUGUUCGUGGUCAUGUGGAACAGCUUCAGUGUGUUUGAUGUUAAAGACGAGGCAACAAGGGAGACAACUACGUGUUACAGAUGUUUAGUAUUUUAGCCAUUUGUAAAUGUUAUGUCAUUUUGCCUGUACUAGUGUAUCUGCAAUUUUGAAGUUUUAAUGACAUUUAUUCCGCAUAUUGUGGUAACAGUAAUAUAUUAUAUUUCAAAGGAUCUUAAAUUUGAUUAAUAAUAAAACAGGAAUUAUAAUUUGUGCAAUAUACAUGAUUAAAAAACAUUUUACAUCAACAGUAUUUGAAUCCUAAUUCCUUUGAAUUUCUCUCAAAAUAGACUAAAAAUAGGGUUGUAUUUUGUGUUUGAAACUUAAAGAAUCAAUAAGUAAGAUAAAAACUUGAAGUCAUACAAUCAGAAAUUGAAUUAUUAAUCCACAGAUGACUGUAAAAUGUCUCAAAGUUGACAAUAGUUUCAUCUUUAUUGUUCUGAUGUUCUACAUAAGAUGUAACUUGUAUUCAAAGCCAUUGUGACAACAGCUGACUGAGUUAUGCACAAGACGAAGUGAGGUUAUUAAUAGAUCAGUGUACAAGGCUUGGUGCGAUUAGAGUAAAAAACUUAGAAAUUUAUGAGUGGCGAGUAGCUGUCAUAGAUUGGUCUCAUAAAGCGACUAGUUUCGUUCAGUUCGAACUAAUCAGUAAAAGUGUGACUGUGCAGCUGUUCCCCUUAUAUAGUCGUGGGGGACCGUAGCACAAAAUGGGCCUCCGAUUAGAAUAAGCUAUGUUUCCAUGAGCAGAUGACACUUGUUAGUGAUAAAAUACAAAAUAUAAAAUAUCAGAAAGCAAUUGGCUGAUGACACUUGCCAGUUGUUUAGUGAUAAAAUACAAAAUGUCAGAAAAUAAAUCAAAAUCAUCUAAUUUUAAUCAGAUUACAAACUUGACCUCAAGCUAUAAUUAUCUAAUUUUAGUCAGAUUACAAACUUGACCACAAGCUAUAAUUAUCUAAUUUUAGUCAGAUUACAAACUUGACCUCAAGCUAUAAUUAUCUAAUUUUAGUCAGAUUACAAACUUGACCUCAAGCUAUAAUUAUCUAAUUUUAGUCAGAUUACAAACUUGACCACAAGCUAUAAUUAUCUAAUUUUAGUCAGAUUACAAACUUGACCUCAGGCUAUUUUGUAUUAAAAUGAUAUUUGUCCAUUUCUAUAUAGCUCACUAGAAAUUUUAAUUGUGCGUUUUGUAUGAUAUGUGUAUAUUGACUGUAAAAUGGUUAUUUUAUUUGAGUUAAGAUUUAAAGUAUUACAUUGCUUAUGUGUUUACUCUGAGUUGAAUAUAUUUUUAACUAGAAGAAAAUGAUGCAGGGACCACCGUGUAUUUAAAGACAUUUUCAUAUCACUUUAAAUUGUUCAAAGCUUGUCGACUUUUUAGUGUACCCAGUAAAGAUAUGCCGGGUGAAAAAAUUAUCGUCCAUAAAAACAAAAAAUAUACAUUGUCCGUCAAUUUUACAGCAUCCCUGAGAAUACUUCCCGCCCCCUCGUUGCUCUGAGCUAGUUACGUCCCUGACGAUAUCCAUGCCUAAAGUCAUAGUCCUGUCGUUGCCAUUUUGGUUGUAAAUAUAAGAUGCACAAAUAAUAUAUUGUAAGAGUAAUGGAGUAUAUAAUGAUAGAAUAUAUUUAUUUUGUAAAUGUAUAUUUAUGGUCCUACUUUUAGACCUCAUGGGGUGAUUCUAGUCUCUCUAACCCAAAGACAAUUUGAUAGUUGCUUAUUGUUGUUUUUGUAACAAUAAAUAAUUUGAUCUAAUAGUAAGUGCAGGAGGACCGUACCACACACAAAACAAAAAUCUACAAGGUAAACCUGCGGACAAGAAAGAAUAUAGACUUAGCAAAAUAUAAACAAAAAUCAAAUCAAGUGAAUGGAUCCGAGGGCCAGCUGUAAGGGUCCACUGAGGGUAUUUUGGUUUGAACAUCUGCACACAAGAUUGUAAAAGCAAUUUGUUUUUGUGUUUGAAAGAUAAAAAUCAGCCUAUAUGGAACUAGGUAUUACUGUUAUUUGUGCAGUAGAGAAAUAUGUAAAGCUAAUAUUGUGAUGUUGCUAUGUAUUAAUACGUAAAUCAAAUAGAUGCAGUAAGAUAUUACACAGAUUAUAAUAUAUAGAAAAUAAUAUAUUUAUGUCAGAGUUACAUAUAUUUAUUUAUAUUUCAGUUUUAAUGGUGGUUUUGUUAACAGGAAUAAAUGGCAUGUUUUUAGUGCUACAAAUGUAA